UAGUCAGCGAUCAGAGCUGCUUUUCCUGUGCCAUAAUGUGUAGGCAUUCUCUGGUAAUACUCAGCAAAUGAAACUUCCCAGGACCGGAUUAUAACGGAAAAAUGAUCCGAAGUUUGUGCAAAUCAUCGACUUGGCGCUCUCGCUCUGUUGUUGAAGUGAAAAGCAAGUUUGGUGCGGAGUUUAGGAGAUUCUCUCUGGAUCGCCAUGAGCCUGGUGUGUUUAAGGACUUCUCUCAGUUUAUCGUCAACCUACACAAACUGUUUCGCACAGAAAUCUACAUCAGCUAUGCAGACGUACAUGGAGACUUACUGCCAAUAAAUAACGACGAUAAUUUUCAUAAAGCAGUAUCUACUGCACAGCCGAUUCUGCGCAUCUUCAUCCAGCUGCAAGAGGAAUUGGAAGAAGUUAACAAUAGUACUAUCUGUGUGACCAGGAGAAAGAAGUCCACCAGUACAAUACGUGCUGAUGUCACUCGCAGAGGACACAUUCAGAUCGGAGUGCCGCUGAACUUCCGUCCAGUCUCCUCCAUAAUUGAUGCUGACAUCUUGCCUGAAUGCCACAGAAGAGUUCGUCUGUACCACCAGGGCUCAGACAGACCUUUGGGUUUCUACAUCCGUGAUGGAAUCACAUUUAAUAUAACUUCACGUGGACUUGAAAAAGUUCCAGGGAUCUUUAUCUCAAGAAUGGUUCCUGGUGGAUUGGCUGAGAGUUGUGGUCUUUUGGCCGUUAAUGACCAGAUCCUUGAGGUCAACGGUAUUGACGUGUUAGGCAAGACACUGGAUCAAGUUACAGACAUGAUGAUUGCUAAUAGCCACAACCUAAUUAUCACCGUAAGACCAGCAAACCAGAGCAAAAACACAAGAAAUCCCAUCGUACCCUCCCCGAACCCAGAACCCCUGCUUGAUGGCGAGGGCUCUGUAAGCUACCCAGGACUUCCUAUGAUUAUGGGGUCCUAUUUUUGGAGGCGUAACGACUCUGUGAGUGAUGAUGAUUCUGAUAUGGUUGUGGAGAAAUCUGUAAAACCCUCCUUCAAGGGCCCUAGGACUAAAAUGGCCUUAAUAUCUUCUCAAACUGGCUUUCAUAGUCAUCAGAGAAGUCGCCAACCCUACUCGCAAGAAUUGUGCUACUCACAGCCUUGUCUCAAUUACACAGCUUAUCCUGGUUCCAGUGUUCCUCUAAACAAAGAUAUGAAGUCAAAGCAACAUUACAGGAGCAACCCUUCAUUCAGACAGAAAGCAUCUAGCACCUUUGACAUCUUGAGCACAUUGAGCCCAGAUGUGAGACAGCGCCUUAUGAUUCCUCAAAUGGCCAUGGAGGAUGAUGGAACUGUUAUUACUUUAUAAACUAAUGUUAUUUAAAUUCAUACUACAUAAGCAAUUUUUUGUAAAAUAAAAAAAAAACACUAGUUUCUAUGCAAUAUUUAACAAUAUUUAACAAUAAGAAUCAUUAACACUAACUUUAGGCAUCUAUUUUAAUUGUAAUAUUAUAGUAUAAACAGUAUAAUUUAUAGUAUAUAAUUUAAAGUAUAAACGGAAAUAUAUCUUUUUCUCAAUUAUUCUCAAUAAAUACUGUAUCUCCUA